AUGGAAUCCGAUUUGGAGUAUAUAUAUGAGCACUAUGUUGAGUCGUCUGACGGCUCGUCUAACGAGGAGGACUACACGGAUGAGACGGUGAUGAUGCAUGUGGUCCUUGAAGACGCGGAGCAUGCGAAGGAGUAUGUUCUCAAUUUCAAGGGAUCGAUCAAGGGUCAUCGAGUGCUCAACUGCAACAAGGCGCAUGGCCAUUUGAUACUAAUGGAUGACUACUUUGCCCCCGAUACACUCUUCGAUAAACAUUUUCAUCUGCGUUUUUGGAUGCGCGAGACUGUCUUCGAUCGUUUGUACAAUGGCGUAUGGUCCUAUGAUGACUACUUCAUCUUGAAGAAGGAUGUCGUGAGAACGAUUGGGUUCUCUGGUUACCAGAAGUGCAUGGCCGCACUCCGGAUGCUUGCAUAUGGCAUGGCCGCUGAUUCAUGGGACGAGUACCUACAGAUGUCUGAGAGCACAUGCAGAGAUGCCAUGGUCAGGUUUGCAGUUGCCGUCGUCGAGGUGUUUGGACCUCAGUACCUGAGAGAACCAACUAUAGCAGACACCAAGAGGCUCUUGGCAAUCUCAGAAGCAAGAGGGUGGCCAGGAUUGCUUGGAUCUCUUGACUGCAUGCAUUGGAAAUGGAAGAACUGCCCGAAGGCUUUACAAGGGCAAUCAGAGCCAUGUUAA